GUUCCAGUUUUAGUCUUAAAUGUAUACGCAUUUUAAACUGGCAUGUUUUACGCAGAUAUGUAUAUUAUCAAAUAUGGACAUGAUUAGACUGUAGUACAGAACGUUCGUGUACAAUCUAUAGGAUCGUUACACAACUAUGAAGACGCUAUAUGUAAACAUCGGAGUGAUAACGUUCAUGUGAUGUAGGAUCAAAGUCCUUCAAUACGUCUCAUUCGUCAUUAGCUCAGUAAUUAUGGUAAACGUGUAAGUCGAGGUAUUAUGAAGACAUAAAGGCAAUAUAGUUACCGCCUACGCAAAUGACGGAAGGAGGUGUCGAACAUAACAUGGAGUGGACUCCAUCGUGCACGAGGCGGUAUAGGUUUAAGCAUGAAGAUGAAUCAAAGGAAACUAGCAACCUAAUGAAUCUCCUUGGGUAUGGAUCUGGGCUCAGACAGAGACGCAUUAACGCAUACAGAAAGUUGGAUAGCCUGAGGAAUGCACGUUUCACUAAUGAUGUAACGACCAUCACUGCGGGAAGUAAAGCAGAGGGUCUAACCUGCUUCUUCGAGAGCGAUAUGGACACAAUGUUCAUUAUUCCACAUGUCGUGUGUCUGGACGUCGGUAUUAACGAAGAAACAAUUCCAAGUCACAUAAUUGUGUUUACGAUGGGUACGAAAGGCCACAAUGCAGGAUAUUGUAAACUACAACAGGGAAGACUAACAAGUACAUACUGUCCUGCUAUUUCAAAUGCUCUAUGUAUUGAUGGAUGUGGUAACGUUCUAUUAAGUAGUACACAGUUUGUAGACUUUUUCAGACACAACCCGUAUCCGUCUGAAAUCCAGCAACAUGCACGCGCAGGUCCAUCUCUGCCAUGGUCGUUUGGCCCUAUGGCACAUGAUGUCGUUAGAGCCAUUCGCGUUUACUGUCCUGGCAUAUUGCAAAACUGGGCAAAAAGAUGUCGUUACUGGCCACCACCGGAUAUUGUUGAAAACGUUAUUGUUUUGGGUGCAUUUGUAAAUCCAAUUGGUUUUAAAGGCAGUGAGCACUAUCAUGUAGAGUGGAGGAUAUGCUUUAAUACCGGUGAGACAGAACUUGUGAAUAAUCUUAAUGACACUCAGAUCAAGAUAUAUGUGUUGCUAAAAAUGAUCGUUAAAGAUAUUUUAAAGCCUCGCAAAAAAGUAAUUACAUCAUACAUUUUGAAGAACAUCGUAUUAUGGUUAGCGGAGAACAACCCACAAGAAUUGUUUCAUUCAGGCAGUAUUUUUCAUUGGCUAAAAGAAGGACUGAUUUCAUUACGAACCGCUAUAUCCAGUAGGCAGUUACCUUACUAUAUGAUACCUGAAAGAAAUCUUAUGGCAGAAAGGAAUCUGGUGAGUGGACAGCAGGAUGAGUUGGUGAAGUCUCUGACAUGCUUGAUUGAUGAAGGGCCGAAAAUAUUAAGGAGGUUGAAGAAAAUACGGCAAGCUAUCAUCGGCCACAAGGAGCCCCUGCUGUGGUACAGUAAGCUUCGAAUAGAGUUUGAGAUUCUGUACCUUGAGUUAAGCAUUAGACAAAUGCAAUGUAAAGACGAGAACGGCGUGGUAAAUACUUCAGAUAUUAUUCUCUUGAUCCUGUGUUACGGUAUGAUGGAGGUACUGAACAAGAUAAUAGCGCGCAUGCACAGUGAAGGGACUUAUUUGAAUGAUAAAACACAGUUACUCGGGAUGAUCUUAGGCUGACGUUGUGUUUGCCUGGACAGUUAUUUAAAAGAGUAUAUAACUGUGCUUACCUACACGAGGUAAAACUUAAGUUUAAUGUUCAUUUACUACAUUAACAUUUCGCUAUACUUCAUUUAGUAACAUUAAAUCAACGAAUAUCUGCUUAAAAUCUCGAAUGUCGGAGUUUAGAUACAAAGUUAAAUACGCUGAAAUGUGUGUAUGUAUGCUGAACUUCUGAAGUGUGCCACUUGCAGAUUGAACUAUAUGAGUCGCUUAAUUUAUCCAUGACUCGGUGAAACUAUUAUAAUUAUAUACGUCUAUACGUGUUGCUGAUACGAAUACUUAGAACGGAUUAAGUGUUGUUUGAAAGCGCUAUUGUAAAUGUAAUGAGUGAAAGUUAUAUUUGUACAAUUCAAAUGAAUUAGUUAGUGUUCAUGAAUAACACUCAUAACCUAUCUUCAAUCAAAACGUCAGUUACUAUUAUACAGAUGAAUCGAUUUUAAUUUGACUUUGGAAUCAAUGUGAACGAUUUGACUUUGGAAUCAAUGUGAACGAUACGGGUAGUCGUAUAGUUUGUGAAUUGUGUGAUUUACUUUUUCUAUGAAUCAGCGAAACUGUCAAUUUGUCGGUCGUCCACAAUGUGAAAUUUGAAAGUCAAUGUCAGUAUAUAUUUUUCAAAUUGACUAUUUUCAAUAGUAUUCAUUUGCGGACUUUGUUAAUUGUAUAAAUGAUUGUUCGUAUGAUGGUGAUUUUUUUCCGUUAUAAAGUAAUACAUAGCAACAUAUUUAAACAAAACAAAUAAAUUAAUGCGUAUAUUUUAUUGAUUGAAACAUAGCAUUGCAUAAUUAGUUUCGAAUAAUACCUAACAUCCGAUCUGAAUUUGAACCAGAAUCUAAACCUAUAUUAUCAAAAUUAGAUAUCUGUAUGAAGUUCAUAGUUGUUUAUUUACCUUUCGAUUACUAGGUGUCUACUAUGUUUUAUAACGUACCGUGGGGCUAUGCGUUCAAUAAUAUCUGCCAACGUUAUGUGCAUUGGGUGUACAAGAGUUAUGCCUUCAAACCAAUUGUUUUCAACGGCUACAUAGACGCAUCUGAGUUGGAGCAAAGGUGUUUUGGGGACGAAACUUGAGGGAAGACACGCCUUUCCGUUCAAACUAUUUCCGUUUUUAGGCAAAAUCUGUAAACAAACAGAACUUCAUCAAUUGCCUUGGUACCAGUCUAAAAUGUGAGAUACAAAACUUCUGAUGCCGAUAUUACCUGUUUAAAAAUGUCUGUCGAAUGGGCUUCCAGAAAAAGGGUUUAAAACUGAUUGUUGAAGACAAAGAGUUAUUGGUGCUCCUGUUCUAUCAUAAAGAACUAGCGGACAAUAUCAAAGUCUUGAUUGUAACGUUAAACCUGUUUCAACUACAUGUUUAUUAUAACACGAUGACGUCAAAAAUCGCCAGAGAAUGAUCUGAGAAGAAAUUGGAAAUUGGAUAUAAUCAGAUAAAUCGAGAAUGUAAUUUACAUACAUUAUUUAAGUGAAUAAGUAAUAUGAGCUAUAUUGAUAUCAUCAUUGAUUUUGAUCAGUUCUACCACGACAGUUUGGCCUUAUUGUAUCUGAAUCAAUAUUCUUCAGAAACAUAGACAAUCUAUACAAAUGUACAUAUGAUUUAUGAAUGCUUUGCGUCAUCGUGCUAUAUCCGAUAUAUGUCUAUUUCAUUCAAACAAUUGAAUAAACAUUUGAUCAAUAGUUUUGAAUAGCAAGAUGAAAAUAUUAACAAUAGUUUAUAAUGACACACGACACAUUUUACAGACAAGCUCUCUACUUGUCCACAAAGUCCCCAUUAUAUUAAUAAUGUUCAUAGAGAUCCAAAAAAAUAUACUUCAAACUGCUAGUAAGUCGAUGACAAACACACAUAAAAGCUUUUGCUCAAGAAACAAUAUUCCAAUGUAAUGUUAAUGUUUAAUUAUUUAAAACCUCGUUAUGGCUUGACAGCUUUUAUCUUUUCUCUAUUUAGCUUGACGUGCAUACCUGAGUGGACUCUUUUAUUCGUACACGUCUACUGAUGUUAAAGGGUUUGUUUACAUGUGUUUGUAUUUUUGACAAAAACAGAAAUGAUAUGUAUAUGAAUUUGUAUACUGAACCUUAUUGUUUGGAUAAUUAAAUUUCA